AUGUCCAAAAAGGCCGGGCCAAAACGACCAACCGGGCCGCGUCGUGUGCGGACCAGGCCGCGUCAGAGGCGUUCCAACGGAUUUGACCUGCGACAAAAAGCGGUUGCUGCCUACCCUGGUGAGAACUUUCAGGCCACCUUGGUGUUCUCCCGCCACGGCGAGUCCGAGUGGAACGUGGCCAACAUUUUCACUGGUUGGGUGGACGUGGAUUUGUCCGAGAAGGGCCUGGGUGAGGCCAAGGGUGCUGGUGAGCUAUUGAAGGCUGACGCUCGGUGUGGCGAGCUGAGAAAGACAUGGGAGGAGAGGACCUGCAACCUGGCCUUGGAGGCAGCUGAUCAGCUCUACGUGCCCACCAACAAGUCCUGGCGCCUCAACGAGCGAAUGUACGGUGGCCUCACCGGUUUGGACAAGAAGGAGACGGUGGUGAAGCACGGUGCAGAGCAGGUGCAGGUUUGGCGUCGGUCCUUUGACAUCCCACCACCACCGCUGGAGAAGGACAGCAAGUAUCACCCCUCAAACGAAGCCAAGUACAAGGCUUUGGACCCCAAAGACGUGCCCGACACGGAGUGCUUGAAGGACACCAUCGCUCGUGUGAUGCCCUACUGGGAGGAGGCCAUUGUGCCUGAGCUCAAGGCCGGCAAGACGGUAUUCGUGGCUGCACAUGGCAACUCCAUCCGUGCGAUUGUGAAGAUGAUUGAGGGCAUUUCGGAUGAUGUGAUUCCGGGAUUGGAGAUCCCAACAGGUACUCCUUUGGUGUACGAGCUGGAUGCUGACCUGAAGCCCAUCGCCAGCCCAUUGGCCGUCGAGCCACUGAAGUUCGGACGCUACCUGGGCGAUGCCGAGAAAAUCAAGGCCGCCGCAGAGGCCGUGAAGAAUCAGACCAAGGCCGCGCGUGGAACCGGCCGCUGCGCGUGA